CAGCGGUUGCUAAGCGCAGCGAUGAGACGGAUCCGGCGCCAGCAGCCCAGGGAAGGGGGAGGCGCGAGCGAGAGCGCGUGGGAGCGCGGAGGCCAGAGCCGGGAGGGGGAGCGAGCGGAGAGAGACGCCGGGGAGGCGCGCGGGAGCGAACGCCCGCUCGGGAGCCGGAGCCCCGCGGCAGUGCGGCCGCGCCCCUGCUCGAGCCCGUGCGGCCGCCCAGCCCCGCUCCGCCCUCCGCCUUCUGGGCUCCCGAGGAUGGAGGGCUCCCGGGAGACGUCGCCGUCCUCCAACAACUCCUCGGAGGAGCUCAGCUCUGCCCUGCAGCUGUCCAAGGGCAUGUCGAUCUUCCUGGACAUACUGAGGAGAGCAGAUAAAAAUGAUGAUGGAAAAUUGUCCUUUGAAGAAUUCAAAGCGUAUUUUGCAGAUGGUGUUCUGAGUGGAGAAGAAUUACAUGAGCUUUUCCAUACCAUUGAUACACAUAAUACCAACAAUCUCGACACAGAAGAACUAUGUGAAUAUUUUUCUCAGCACUUGGGUGAAUAUGAGAAUGUACUAGCAGCACUUGAAGACCUCAAUCUUUCCAUCCUGAAGGCCAUGGGCAAAACAAAAAAAGACUACCAAGAGGCCUCCAACUUGGAACAAUUUGUAACUCGAUUUUUAUUGAAGGAGACCUUGAAUCAGCUUCAGUCUCUCCAGAAUUCUCUGGAAUGUGCCAUGGAAACUACUGAGGAGCAAACCCGUCAAGAAAGGCAAGGGCCGACCAAGCCAGAAGUCCUGUUGAUCCAGUGGCCUGGAAAGCGAUCAAGUCGCCGAGUCCAGAGGCACAACAGCUUCUCCCCCAAAAGCCCCCAGUUCAGUGCCUGUGGUCCAGGCUUAUUAGAAGAAGACAACCAGUGGAUGACCCAGAUCAAUAGACUCCAGAAAUUAAUUGAUCGACUGGAAAAGAAGGAUCUCAAACUUGAACCACGGGAAGAAGAAGUUAUUGAAGGGAAUACUAAAUCUCACAUCAUGCUUGUGCAGCGUCAGAUGUCUGUGAUAGAGGAGGACCUGGAAGAAUUCCAGCUUGCUCUGAAACACUAUGUAGAGAGUGCUUCUUCCCAAAGCGGCUGUUUGCGCAUUUCCAUACAAAAGCUUUCCAAUGAAUCUCGCUACAUGAUUUAUGAGUUUUGGGAGAACAGUAGUGUGUGGAAUAGCCACCUUCAGACGAAUUAUAGCAAGACAUUCCAAAGAAGUAACGUGGAUUUCUUGGAAACUCCAGAACUCAUAUCUACUAUGCUAGUUCCUGCUUCAUGGUGGAUCCUGAACAACUAGAUGUUCCUAGACAUUUUCCUCAUGGUUCCAAGUGAAAAACAAGUAUUCUCAUCUAAAAUGUGAAUUAGAAAAUUCUCUGCAGUUACUAAUCUACACUAUACUUUCGUAUAUUUAAGAUGUGCACCCUUCUAAAAUGUCUUCUAGAUCUUUCAUGUGAAUUUUAGCUAAAUUUUUGAAGUCUGCUGUUUUGCUACAUUGUAACCUAAAACCCUUUCGUGGCAAAAUCCUAAUAUGUGAAACAAGUGUACACAUAAAGGAACAAAUUUGUGAAAAAGAAGUGAUAAAAAAUAAUUAAAGUGGGAACUUUUAGAGUAUA